AUGCGACGCGCGGUUGUGCGACAGGAAGCACUGCCUACGCAUGUCAAAGUCGUGAGCGCCCUGCCUGCCGGCCCUGACGGCAGCCGCGAUGAAAGCGACGAGCACGCCGGCGCAGCCGAGCAGAAACACGCCAAACAGCAGCAGCCCCGCCAGCUGGGCGUGCUGCCUGCGCCUGGCGGCCUCGUGGAACUCACGCGCCCGCGACCCGUGCGACUCCGAGUCGAACCGGUACCGGACGUCCUGGUGGAAGACGCGGCGGUCGUGGCUGCCGAUGCCGACGAGGUUGGAUCGGGGAGGAGGAGGAUGAGGAGGCCCCGAGGCGGCGGCGCGCGAGCUCUGGUUUACGAGCUCCGCCACGGCGGCCAGGUGCGAGUUGAUCAGGUUCGCGUUGGCGUAGGGCGGUGGCGGUGGUGGGGUGCUCGGCGGCGAAGGCCCGUCUUCGGGGAUGCUGGGCAGGAGCUUCUCUGA